UUCAACUGCCAGCGCCUCCCCACCCCGACGCCUUCUCCUCCUCCUUCUCCGGCCCCCAGCGGGCGAGGACACGUGAAGGGACAUAAAUAAAUAAAUAAUUCCAUUCACCCGGUGACAGCAAGGCGAACCCGCUGCGGCUAGGGGGGAAACGGAGAGCUGCAGCGCCCACCCUGUGCCCGAGACCAGAUACAGGGAUCGCAACCCUUGGCGUGGUGUCCCCCACACCGCGCUCAUCCAGUGAGGGCACCGGCCAUUCCUAUAUAGGAUCCGAACCCGCGGCGGGGGCGCCGCUGCGCUCUCCAAGUGCUGCACUCUCCCGAGUGCGCCCAGACUAUGGCUUUUUUAAAAAUCGGUUGCCAACAAACCUGGAAGACACCAGCCUACGGGUCUUUAGGGGAAGUCAGAGAGUGAAGAAAACUGGACACAGUGUGCAAAGAUAAUCCAGAGUCUGCUCUACCUCCCUUCCUUUUUUUUUGCCUUCAAAUAUCACACUUCAAGGUAUAGUGACGAGGCUUGAAGAUAUCACAUAUAAUUCAAAGAAAUCUUUUCAAGUGGGACUCUGUGAACAGGUUACUUGAAUUUCCACUAGAGGAGCAGAAAUGCCAUCAACAACAGGUGCCCAAACCCCAUAUCCACCUCCUGAUGGAGGAUGGGGCUGGGUUGUGGUUGGAGCAGCUUUUAUCUCCAUUGGAUUUUCAUAUGCAUUCCCCAAAGCCAUCACAGUAUUCUUCAAAGAAAUACAGCAAAUAUUCCACAGUACCUACAGUGAAAUAGCAUGGAUAUCAUCCAUUAUGCUGGCUGUUAUGUACGCAGGAGGUCCCAUAAGUAGUGUUUUGGUGAAUAAAUACGGCAGUCGGCCAGUGGUGAUGGUAGGAGGCGUACUAUGCUCUUUGGGCAUGAUCUUGGCCUCUUUUAGUACCAGUGUAGUACAGCUUUACCUCACUGUGGGAUUCAUUGGAGGUUUAGGUUUAGCCUUCAACCUGCAACCGGCCUUAACAAUAAUUGGCAAAUACUUCUAUAAGAAACGACCCAUUGCAAAUGGAUUGGCCAUGGCAGGAAGCCCUGUUUUCUUAAGUUCAUUGGCUCCUUUCAAUCAGUUCCUAUUUAAUACUUAUGGCUGGAAGGGAAGCUUCUUGAUUUUGGGAGGUAUACUUUUGAACUGCUGUGUAGCUGCAUCACUAAUGAGACCCCUUGGACCCACACAAACUACUUCUAAGUCUAAAAAGAAGACUGGCAUAAGAGCGGAAGAUCCAGAUGUGAAGAAAACCCAUGAGAAGAAAACAAUAUGGGAAAAAGUUAAUAAGUAUUUAGAUUUCUCCCUUUUUAAGCACAGGGGAUUUCUGAUAUACCUAUCUGGAAAUGUCAUUAUGUUUCUAGGAUUUUUUGCCCCUGUUAUAUUCUUGGCUCCAUAUGCUAAAGAUAAGGGAAUUGAUGAGUAUUCUGCAGCUUUCUUGCUGUCAGUUAUGGCUUUUGUUGAUAUGUUUGCUAGGCCUUCUGUAGGAUUCAUUGCAAACUCCAAAUAUAUCCGACCCCGAAUCCAGUACUUCUUCAGUUUUGCAGUCAUGUUCAAUGGAGUAUGUCAUCUCUUGUGUCCACUGGCACAGAACUACACAAGCCUGGUGCUAUAUGCUGUAUUUUUUGGCCUUGGAUUUGGGAGUGUUAGCAGUGUCCUCUUUGAAACUCUCAUGGACCUUGUCGGUGCUCAAAGAUUUUCCAGUGCUGUGGGACUUGUCACAAUUGUUGAAUGCGGCCCGGUUCUUCUGGGCCCUCCUCUUGCUGGUAAAUUGGUGGAUGUAACUGGAGAGUAUAAAUACAUGUAUCUAGCCUGUGGAGCUGUUGUGGUAACAGCAAGUGUGUGGCUGUUCAUUGGCAAUGCUAUAAACUAUAGAUUACUUGCAAAGGAAAAGAAGGAGGAACAAAGAGGGAAGGAGAAAAUACAUACGCUCGAGUCUGGAGAAUCUGAACACUUAAGCAGAUCAAAACAGUCUGAAGACAUUGAUGUCAAAGUUUUGAAAGCACAGAGUACUCCCACAGAAAGAGAAACUAAUAUUUAAGAAGAAUCCCAUCUCUGAUUUCAGUGUUUAUGUAUUUUCUUAGGAGUUUGUUCUUGCUUUGGUUUUUGUUUUUCAAAACAUUGGGAAGUUCUUUGUUGAAAUAAGGAGUCACAAUUAACUAUGGAGAUUAGAUUUUCCUCAAUAGCAAAUUUUAAAUUAGUUUUUAAAAACUUAUUUGGGUAAAUUUGAGAUUAUGCAUAUAAAGAAUUCAUGCAAUAGGUUUAUUGCCAUACAUGACUAUGGGAUUGGUGGUUAAAAUGCUAAUCUUAAAAUCUUUCAGUGACUUCGAGUCUCAGUUAGAUAGGGAGAUCUGAAUCCCAUACCCCUUUGGUUUGGUUAGAAAAACAAACUUGAAUAAAUUUUAAGUAGUUAGAAGGAGUAUGUUUAAUCCCAUAAAAUGGCACUCUUCACAUUUUAAUUCUUAUUUUGUAUUAAAGUAUGAAAUUGAUUGAAGGAAAAUUAAUUCUCCCCUCACACACCUACAUAUAUACACACACACACAUACAUACUUUCACAUACUUAUCUGCAUGUACACAGAGUAUCUGGAAAACAAAAACCAAAUUCAAGAAGAAUUUUACUACAGUAAUUUAUUUUUUUAAAGUAAAAAAAUAUUCAUGGAGACAAAAGAAAUGUAUUAUAUCUGCAUGCUACUUUACAAUGUGGAUUUUAAAGACAAGCACAUGGGUAAAAAUGACAAUGAUCUUAAUUUGAAAAUGCAACUGACUCCUAUAAAACUGUUUGCAUGUAUAAAAUAAGUUUGAUAAUGAAAAGAGAAAGAACUCCAUUUUGAACCAUUAUUUCUGAGCACUGUGAAACUUGAUUAAUCCAUGUGCAUUAUUUCUUUGCAGGGAAGGGGGCAGGAAAGACAUUAGUACCUGGUGCUAGAGAAUAGAACCAUUAGAAAUAUUAGAUAAACAUUUUCAAAAUUCUUACCUAAUAUGUAAAUCAAAAUAAAAGUCUGAAUUACUCCUAGCAAUGAGCUAUAUUCACUAAUUUUAAAAGGAUUUUAGUUGAUAACUCAGAAAGUAAUAACGGGAUUUCUUUUAAUCAGGCUUCAAUCCAGAUUCAUUGUCAUACUGAAAUACCAAAGUAGAAUACACUUAGCUGCCAGGUUUAUAAAUAGACCAAAUUCUAAUUUUUUUCAACACAUAGUAAUGACCAGAGGCUACUGUUAUGAGUAAUCUUAGUAUAGCUGACUGACAGUGGCAGGUGAUCUUAAUGAGCCCUCUAAGGUCUAUCAGCUAUCUCCCUUCCACAAAAUGCAAAAGCAAAAAACAAACCACAAGCAGGCCUUUUACACAGCCAUUGAAAAUGCCUCAUAUGGGGCUGGCCCCGUGGCUCACUCGGGAGAGUGCAGCACUGGUAGCGCCGAGGCCGCAGGUUCGGAUCCUAUGUAGGGAUGGCCGGUACGCUCACUGGCUGAGCGUGGUGUGGACGACACCGUGCCAGGGUUGCAAUCCCCUUACCGGCCAAAAAAAAAAAAAAAAGAAAAUGCCUCAUAUGAGAGUACUUCACAAAGUUCAUGGAGAGGUUAGUAUUAUCUUUCAAUUCUGUUUUUCCAAGAACUUUUUGAAAUACCCUCUUAUUAUAAAGAUGGCAGCACUUGAAGAUUUCACCUUCUACUGAUUAGACUUCCUGCUGCCUGUGCACGUAACUAAACCAGGAAACUGUUCAAGAAGUUUUCUAGAAACGGAGGCUGUGUGUGACUUGGCAUUGCAGAUAUAAGAAGCUUGAAGUAUUGAAUCCCAGGUUAAUUUAGCAGUUUUUAAUUUUUAUAACUAUGCAAAAACAUCUGGGAAUCUGAAUCACUUUUGAUCACAGAGGCAUAUGUAGUUCUAUGCUUUUAAAACUAUAAAUACUACUUCGAAUGAGAAAAGUACUUUUAAACAAGAAAAAUUGUGCAUUUUGACUAAAAUUAUAUUUACAUCUAUAAGUCUGAAGUUUAAGUUAACGUUAUGAUUAAUAAAAAACAUUUAGUGUUUGAUUAUUGAAGUGAUUGUCACUCUUAAGAUGUCAAAGAGAAUUUACCAUUUAUUUUCUUACUGCAAUAGAGGCAGGUGCUAUUCAUACUUCCUAUGAGAUUGCACUUGGAUACCAAACUUUUGUAAUAGUUAUUAUUAAGCAUUUGAUUCAUAAAAUUAUGCACUGUUUAAGCAUGUGGCUUAUAUAUAGGAAACUGUAUAAAAUUCAAUUUUUCAUUUAACUUUUGCUUUUUUGCAUAUGAAGAGUUAUUUGUAUUUUUCCAAUAUUAAGUAAAAUAACAUGUGCCAAUGUCAUAGGUAAAUAUAUCAGGAAAACUGUGGCAGUAUAUGGCUGUUUUUAGUUUAGUUUCACCCAAUCUUGUUUUCUGAAUUAGCUUUUUUUAUGUUAUUAGUGCUUUUGUAUUCAAUUCUGGCUCAGUAUAAGAAACACAGCAUUAUAAAUUGUGUAGUAUUUCUACAAUUGUAAAUGUUUUCAAAAAAUUACUUGAAUUAUCUGAAAACACACAUUUAAACUAAUAUAGAUAUCAGACCCUAGGGGGAAAUAAAUAGCAAAGUAAUGACCGUGGGGUUUUAGGUCUGAGGCGCUAUAUCCUUUGUAUCACCUGCUACUGGAGACAUGCUCUGUUGGGUACAUUUGAAUGGCCUUCUCCAUGCCACAAGUUUUAUUUACUUACUGAUGAGUUUCUUGUCAAGUCAAAACCAGUUUACAUUUGUUUUGCUGCUCUUUGGGUAUCUUCAUUAACUCUUUAUUUGUAACACUGAUUAUACUGAACUGUUAGAAAAGAAAGGGAAGUAAAAUUGCACAAAGCACAUGAUAAUGAUGUAUGCAGUCACACCUGGUGGUAGCACUGCAUAAAAUUACAAUUAUGCACACAUAUUAAUUCCCAUACACAAAUGUUGAAAAUUAAACCAGAACACAUUUGAAACAGUGACAUAAACACAUAAAGGAUUCAGAAUUGUCCCAGAGUAAUAUAAAUUAUUCUUCUUGUUCACUCUCCCCACCACCCUUCAACUUGCUAGAAGAUGUUGCUUUAACAGAAUCUUUCAAAGACUGGGAAAAGAAUAUCAAACUAGAAGUUUCAUUAUUAUGUAGCCACAUAAAUGGAGGAGGGAAUAUAGUUGUCUUCUGUGUUUGCAACAUUUAGUGCUGAAAUAUUUCUUUCCCCAGUGAACAACAGGUUUUAGAUGUUCAAGAUAUCAAGAGUAUAUCACUAAAAUUCCUACUAAACCGUUUCCCCAUUAUGAAAUUAUACAGAAGGAAAUUGUCAAAAAUUAGGGUACUCAAAUAGUUCAUGAUCACUAGCCAAAUUAUUUUCGCAUUUGUGUUAACUGAGCACCCCGUAUUUUUUACUAUUUAACCUUAAAUAUGCCUUCACUAAUGUUUGAAUAGAGAAUUAGGGUGGUCUAGUCCUGACCUAUCCCCACCCUCUUUUCUGAUCCUUUUUGGGCCCAAUCAGCACACCUUUAAGAGGCUGUGGGUCAGGUUCUAGUGUAUUUCUCCUUGGAAGACAUGACAUUUUCUCAGUAUUAAUUCCCAUGCCUCAUACAUUUCACUUCUUCGGUACCAAGUCUCGACCAUCUAGCUCAUGGGCCAGUGGGCCUCACACAGACUCUAGGGAAUACGCAAACUAAUUAGGUUUGAUAUGAUCGAACGUGCACUUUAAAAAUUAGAUGUUUUAUACUUAUCCUUUUCUGGCUGUACAGCAUGACAAGAUUGCAGGAAAAAAGACCAAAAGAUAUAUGAUAUAAGAUUUUAUUUAGAUGUCAUAAACAUGUAGAAAUAUUCUGAUUACUUAGUUUAAACUUGUAUUUUAUCGAAAACACCUUAAGAAAAAACUCUCAUAUUUAGAAUAUAUCAGACUUUUAAUGAAAUGAAAAAUCAUGAUUAUUGAAGCAAACUGAUAUUAUUCUAUAUAAUACUGUUUAAUAUUCAAACCAAAGCCAUGGUAGAAGUUAUUUGCUUUGUAUAUCAGAUGAGGGAAAACAAAAACAGGCAUACAGAGAAACUUGGCAAACUAUCCAAAGAUAGAAGAUAGUAUGUGACAGAACCAAAAUUAAAACUCAGGUUUAUCUAAAAGCAGAAAGAGCCCUUUGGGUGUUCACUACCAUGCUGCCUCUCAAUAGAAGUUAUAGAAGCAAAGGUAGAUAAAAUACAGGAACAAAAAAUGUAAACCCUGUAUAAUAAACCGGUUAGGAGUAACUGCAAUUUGUAUUAUGGUUUAUUUAACGUUUAUUUGAGAUUGCAUUUGCUAAUUGAAUAUGCAAUUUCAAAUUUUCUGCUUUUCUAGCCAAUGCAAAUUGUCUCAAAUAAUGGUAAUGAUUGUAUAAUAGCCAUAAUUGUUUUAAUGUGACUUUUUUUCUCGUACAAAUAUCAGCAUAUUUAUAUGACUCAGGCAUUAUGUAUUUUCACUGAGAUUGCAUUUAGAAGAAAAAUUUUUUAUGGCUAAGUAAUUCUGAUAGGGGUUGCUACUGAUGACUUGUGAAGUAAAAGGUACUUACUAUAGAACAUUGUAUUUAGAAUUUUAGUGAUUAUCCCCAUUUACAGGAUUAUCCCAAGCUACCAAAAAAAAAAAAAAAAAAAAAAAGGUUAUGAGAUACAAGUGUUUUGGUUCAUAUAUGUAGUACACGUUUAUUUUCAUUUAAUACAACUUCCCCUAGACUCUCAUUUUUUAAGUUUCUUUGAUCAUCUGUAUUGUCAUUCUCCUCUCUGUCCAUUUAUUCUAUAGAGAGAACAAGUGGCAUUGCUUCUAUCUUCUCCCUGUAGACUUCUAAAGUCCACAGACUGUAGUUCUUACCCCUAUUCAAACAGUGUAAUUCCAAUGCACUUCAUUCUUCACAAAGUCAUCCAUGUUGCCUCUGGUCUUAUCUAGUGGAGAUCUGCAGGAAUGACUGUAUUCCUGAAACCAGCAGUAUAUACUUUUGGCCCUGACCACUCAUCUUCAUUAAUAAGGAGCCCCUGUGUGUGCAGGCUCCUGGUUGGUGGAGGUGCUUAUAUUCUAGAAGAAUUUUUUUGUUGAUUUUUUUUUAAUGCAAGAUAAUCAUAUAAUUGAGUGUGAUUAUAAAAAUUCUAAAAGAUCUACCUAUCCUUGGCACUUACUAUCCUGAAUGUUUCUAAUUUUCUUAAAGUGCCUGACAACUUUGAGAAACAAAGCUUACCAUCACAGCCUUGCACCACUGUGUGUCAUCCUGUAGUUCUGUCAAUGCAGUGACAUCACUGACACACAAUAUCAAGUAGAUUCCUUACCACGACAGUUCACAGUACCAAACAGCAUCAAAAUUACUGAGAUUAAAAACCAAAAUUAAAAUCUUGAAUUUACCCAUUUCACAUUUUUUUUUUUUUUUUAGAUAUUGAUUUCUGUAUAUCCGCAGGCAUGAUCUCAUGUUUGAGAAUGCACUCAAAAGCUGAGAGGCCCAAUUAUCUGCAAUUAAUUAUAAUGCUCAAAAAUCAUGUUAUCUUUGUUGAUACAAUUAAAAAUGAGCAAUUUGCUGAGCUCA